UCUUGUUAAAAUUUUUUAUUGAUUGGCAAUCAGCAAGUAUUUUUGUGAUUGUUGUUGAUAUUUUAAUCUGGUUCUUGUUCGCCGCAUUUUGAUCAUUUACGUCAUUUACAUAAGAUACUUUAAUAUUAAGUCUGAUUUAUUUCUAAGGAAAGUUUACCUAAAAUAAAUCUUAUGAAAGUUAUAGGUGUUUAAGGAAACAAACAAUAAAUUUUACCAGGCAAUUUUGUAUCUACUGUUUUCGCUUUUAAAAAUUUGAAUAAUUUUUAUUCUGAUAGAAAUGAGUGACAAAAAUCUACCUACUGCUAAUCAGCAAGCUUUGUUGGAACAGUAUUUAAUUUUAGCAAAAUCUGCUAAAGGAGCUGCUGCUGUUGAAUUGAUAAAACAAGUUUUAGUUGCUCCUGGUAUUUAUGUAUUUGGAGAAUUAUUAGACAUGCCAAAUAUUCAAGAAUUAAAUACCACAGAACAUGCUCCUUAUUAUCAGUUACUGCAUCUUUUUGCUUUUGGGACUUAUUCAAAUUAUUUAGAAAAUAAAGACCAAUUUCCAGAAUUGUCUCCUGCUAUGAUUAAUAAGUUACGCCAUCUCACCAUUGUAUCUCUAGCUACUAAAGAUAAAUGUAUUCCAUAUUCAAAACUUUUGAAAGAGCUUGAUUUGAAGAAUCUGCGAGAAUUGGAAGAUUUGAUAAUUGAUGUAAUAUAUGCUGAUAUAGUGCAAGGAAAGUUGGAUCAAAAGAAUAAUCGAUUAGAAGUUGAUUAUACUUUGGGCAGAGAUAUCAAACCUGCUGAUGUUGAUAUCAUUAUCAAUGUCCUACAUGAAUGGUCUGAUAGCUGUGAAACGGUACUGAAUAAUAUUGAAAACCAAAUAGUAAAAGCGAAUACAAUGAAAGAUAAUCAUCUAAAAUUAAAGCUGCAGAUAGAAAAUGAGGUCAGCUCAGUAAAGAAGAAUUUAAAAUCUCAAGCACAAGACAAUGAAGUUGUUGAAGAGAUGCGAGAAGUACUGCAACCUGAAAAACCUUCAAAGAAGAAAUCGAGUGUAAAAGGGAUUGUAGGACUGUGGUAAAGCAGAUUGGAAUGCUUUAGAUCUUCCAUUUAUUCUUUGUGAAAAAUAUAUAUGGAUUCCUUUCUGUUGUAUAUAUAAAUUUUUUUUUUUCUGUCUUAAAUAAAUAUUCAAAAAAAUAUUUAGUUCCUGUAUUUCUUUCAUUUAAUUUUACAUUACUGGAACAAAAAUACUUACUUUUUUUAGUAUUAUGAGUACAGUCUUUAACAAAUUAUAGUUUAUAUUGUUCUGAUUAAAGCAAAAUCACAAGUUUUAGCUUUUAUUUGAUUUAUGUGAUGCAUUGCUCCUUGAAUUUUUAAUUUCCUUUUUACUUUUACAUAUUCUUUUAUAAGAAAUUUUUUAUUUAUUAUUUUACCGAAUCUAUUUUUAUUAUUUUUCACAGUCUUUUUAAGCAGAACAUUAUUAUUUUAUUAUUCUUAAGUUUUCAUUCUUGACUAAUUUUUAUGUUAGCAUUACAUUAAAAUAAUGUUGCAUUAAUCAAAUUAAAUAUAUUUUUUGACUAGAAAAACAAUUUCGUGGAUUGAGGUUUAUUUCUUAUUUUUAGUUUCAAUUUGACUUAUUAAUUUUUGCGAAUCAAUUAUGAAACGUUAAUAACAUCUAUUAUUUAUUUUAAAAAAAGAAAUGUUUUUGUCAACCAACUUUUAUAGACUUUCUUCCUGGCUAAGCAGUGAACAAAUGGUAUUUCAAAGACAACAAUAUGAGUUUAAAACUAUGGAAGAGAACUUGUUCCCUAUUACCCAUAAGUGAGCAGUUUUAGUUCAAACUGUUCUGUGUUGUAUAUAAUGUGUGGAUGGAGUUAUAGAAAUGCAAUUAUUUAUGUAAAUUUCUGCAUAUGUAUUAUAAACUCAUUAGAUACCCUUCUGUAAAGAUGUGAGUUUUGAUAUGCAUUACAUUUUUGGGCUCUGCAAUCCAAAAAGUAAGAAAUGUAAGAAACAGAAGGUGACUACCUCUGUUUUAACAGUAUAAUUAUUAUUGUUUUUCUGAUAUUAUACAAAGUAAUAAUAGUUUUUUUCCUAUUUGCUUUUCUUUUUAUGUGUAUAUAAAUGUAUAUUUAAACAUAGUUUUUUAGCAUUGCAUGUUCUUUUGAAAUAGGUUCUUUAAAUUAUUUUUAAAAUACUUGAAACUUUUGUUUGUUCAAUUCCUGUGUUGAGAAUCUUAAUUUUUUUAAUAUCAAGCGAAUGUGUUGCCACUUUUCUAUUUUUAAGUUUGAUGCAAUUUGUUUCACUACCUGCUUAUAUAAAUUCAGCUGAUAUUUACUUCUAAAACAGAAAAUAGCUGGUGGCAAGGAGGCCCUAAUAGAAUUAUGCAAAAAGCCUGUAUCAUAUUAAAUACCCUAUUCUCUAGAAUGUGUGACUAGGUAAACUAUUAACUAACUGUAUCCAAUACUGUUUAAAAAAUAAAACCUAUUAAAUUUUAAAAAAAAAGAAAAAAUCUUAUGUCAUAGGCAAAACUAAUGUUAAAUAUAUCAUUGAAUAAGUGGAAACUGAAACUUUUAUAUUCAAAUGAACAUUGGAAACUAAACUGUUCAUACAAGAAUGAACAACUUACUUAGAGCUAUAAUCAUUGGUAUAUAAUUAUUACUAAAAUUUCAAAAAGUAUCUUUUUAAAAAAAAACUUAUUUUUUAAAUUUUGGCAAUCAUGCCAUAUUUUCUUGGUUAAAAGUUAAAUUUUUGAGGAUAAAAGGUAUAUUUAUUCGGAUAAAGUAUUGUUUUUUGCCCAAUUUCAUUACUUAAUAAUUCUAGGCUAAUUAUCUAUCAAAUCGUCGAUGGUGCCUUCAAACCAUGAACCUUUUUAGUUUAAUAAAAUUUAAACAUCGGAUGAAAAGGUAUUCACAGUGUUAGUUUUUUUAUUUUUUUGGAAUAAUACUUUGUGUGUGCCAAUUAGUUUUCUUAAA